UUGACACCUCAGAGCCCCCCACCUCCGCCCCAACACUGGAGAGUCUCUGCAGUCUGCGCCCCCUCCCCUGUUGUGCGCGGGUCAGGGGGAAGGUGCUGAGGGAGGCGGAGAGCAGGAGCGGGCCGGCGGAAUGGCGGCGCCGCCGAAGGCGUGGAAGGCGGAGUACGCCAAGUCCGGGCGGGCCUCGUGCAAGUCGUGCCGGUCCCCCAUCGCCAAGGACCAGCUCCGCCUCGGCAAGAUGGUCCAGGCGACCCAGUUCGACGGCUUCAUGCCCAUGUGGAACCAUGCCAGAUGCAUCUUCGGUAAGAAGAACCAGAUAAAAUCUGUUGAUGAUGUUGAAGGAAUAGACACACUUCGAUGGGAUGAUCAAGAAAAGAUAAGGAACUAUGUUGAAAGUGCCUCAGCUGCUACAAGUUCCACAGCUACUGUUCCUGAUAAAUGUACUAUUGAUGUUGCUCCAUCUGCUCGUACUUCAUGCAGACGAUGCAGUCAAAAGAUUACAAAAGGAACAGUCCGUGUUUCCGCUAAGCUUGAAGGUCAAGCUUCCAAGGGAAUACCAUGGUAUCAUGUCAACUGUUUCUUAGAGGUAUCCAUAUCUGCAACUGUUGAGAAAUUCUCAGGCUGGGAUACUUUGUCAGACGAGGAUAAAAGAACUGUUCUUGAUCUUGUUAAGAAAGAUGUUGGCCAUAAUGAACCAACUAAGGGUUCCAAGCGCAAGAAAGGUGAAAAUGAUAUGCAGAGCUGCAAAGCGCCCAAGUUAGAUGAAAGUACAUCGGAAGGCACAGUGCGAAAUAAAGGAAAACUUGUUGACCCACGUGAUUCCAAUGCUAGUUCUGCUGAUAUCCAACAAAAGCUUAAGGAGCAAAGUGACACACUUUGGAAGUUAAAGGAUGAACUUACGAAGCAUUUAUCCACUGCUGAAUUAAGGGAUAUGCUUGAAGCUAAUGAGCAAGAUACGUCUGGACCAGAGAGGCUCCUAUUGGACCGUUGUAUGCUUAUAGGGAAUAUUUGCAUUGCAGACGUUGAUUGUUUAAUUUCAUGCGGGGAGCUCGACAAUGAGAAUGCUGAAGUUAGGAAAGCAAGGAGGCUGAAGAUACCGAUUGUAAGAGAGGAUUACAUUGGAGAAUGCAUUAGAAAAAAUAGAACACUUCCAUUUGAUUUGUAUAAAGUAGAGAACACCUUAGAGUCAAAAGGUGGUACUGUCACUGUUAAAGUUAAGGGCCGAAGUGCAGUUCAUGAGUCCUCCGGCUUGCAAGAUACAGCUCAUAUUCUUGAAGAUGGAAAAAGCAUUUACAAUACAACCUUAAACAUGUCUGACUUGGCACGAGGUGUGAACAGUUACUAUGUACUCCAGGUCAUUGAAGAGGAUGAUGGGUCUGAAUGCUAUGUAUUUCGAAAGUGGGGAAGGGUUGGGAAUGAACGAAUUGGAUCGCAAAAGCUGGAGGAGAUGUCAAAAACUGAUGCAAUCCAGGAAUUCAAAAGAUUAUUUCUUGAGAAGACUGGGAACCCAUGGGAAGCAUGGGAACGGAAAACCAAUUUCCAGAAGCAGCCUGGGAGGUUUUACCCGCUUGAUAUUGAUUAUGGUGUUAAGCAGGCACCCAAACGGAAAGAUAUCAGUGAAACAAAAAGUUCUCUUGCUCCUCAGUUGCUAGAACUUAUGAAGAUGCUUUUCAACGUGGAGACAUAUAGAGCUGCUAUGACGGAAUUUGAAAUUAAUAUGUCGGAAAUGCCUCUUGGGAAGCUAAGCAAGGAAAAUAUUCAGAAAGGAUUCGAAGCAUUAACUGAGAUACAAAAUUUGUUGAAGAACACAGCUGAUCAAGCACUGGCUGUUAGAGAAAGCUUAAUUGUUGCUGCGAGCAAUCGUUUUUUCACCCUUAUUCCUUCUAUUCAUCCUCACAUUAUACGGGAUGAGGACGAGAUAAUGAUCAAAGCAAAAAUGCUUGAAGCUCUGCAGGAUAUUGAAAUUGCUUCUAAGCUAGUUGGCUUCGACAGUGAUAAUGAUGAAUCUCUUGAUGAUAAGUACAUGAAGCUUCACUGCAACAUUGCCCCACUGCCUCAUGAUAGUGAAGAUUACAAGCUAGUUGAGCGUUAUCUCCUCAACACACAUGCUCCUACUCACAAGGACUGGUCACUGGAACUAGAGGAAGUUUUUUCACUUGAUCGAGAUGGAGAACUUAAUAAGUACUCAAGAUACAAAAAUAAUCUGCAUAAUAAGAUGCUAUUAUGGCAUGGUUCAAGGCUGACGAAUUUCGUUGGGAUUCUUAGCCAAGGACUAAGGAUCGCACCUCCGGAGGCUCCUGUUACAGGCUAUAUGUUCGGCAAAGGCCUCUACUUUGCAGAUUUAGUAAGCAAGAGUGCACAAUACUGUUAUGUGGAUAGGGGCAAUCCAGUUGGUUUGAUGCUUCUUUCUGAGGUUGCUUUAGGAGACAUGUAUGAACUAAAGAAAGCUACGUCCAUGGACAAACCUCCAAGAGGGAAGCACUCCACCAAGGGCUUGGGCAAAACUGUGCCGCUGGAGUCGGAGUUUGUGAACUGGAGGGAUGAUGUCGUCGUCCCCUGCGGCAAGCCCGUGCCAUCAUCAGUCAGGAGCUCCGAACUCCUGUACAAUGAGUACAUCGUCUAUAACACAUCCCAGGUGAAGAUGCAGUUCUUGCUGAAGGUGCGGUUCCACCACAAGAGGUGACUGGGAGACUAAACAAGUAGAGUUGGUUGGCGCGUCACUUAUGGUAUUAGUGCUCUGGCUGUGUAUAUUCGGUCCUGUUAACCUGCAGUUUAGGUAGUGCUCGCGCUUGAUCCAUUUUGGGAAGUGUUGCUUGGGCAUCGGCGUGAGUAGCACAAAUCAUCCACCGCUUAUGUCUUUUAUUAGAUGACAGAUUGGGAAGUGUUGCAUGGGCAUCGGCGCGAGUAGCACAAAUCAUCCACCAGUUGUCUUAUGUUAGAUGAUGACAAAUUGCUGCUUGAAUCUAUUAGGAGUAAUAUGGCAGCUGGAACCUCUUGAUGAUCUCCUGCUAUUUUAUCUUCACUUGCGUUGGCUGUGCUUUCAA